GGUACAGUCGCCUGAGGUGGGGCUAUGCUCUUCCAGAAUGCCAUGUUCCCCAACACGCUUCUCCAACGAAUCACAUCAACCGUUUCGCAACCUCACUUCAUCAACACGCAAGCCAUCCUUCCACCUUUAACUCUUCCGUCCAACCAUGUCGUCCUCGUACCCAGAACCCAUCACCCUCCCAGCGGCUUCGCCCAACCAAACAUACGUCUCCAUCUCUGCCCUUGAAGGCGGCCAACUCACCCUCCCCGAAAAGCUCUUCGUCACAGACGCAGAUCCCGAAAAGCGCGCUACAGUUCCCUCUUUAUCAUUUCUCAUCCAACAUGCUUCCGCAUCCUCUUCCUCUUCCUCCGCCUCCAAACCGCAUAAACUGGUCUUCGACCUCGGCCUCAAGCGAGAUUUCACCAGCUACCGCGACGCGCAGCAACACCACAUCUCGCAGCGCCAACCGACAAUUGUGAGUCCCGACGUAGCCGAGAGUUUGAGAAAAGGUGGACUAGGGCCUGAAGAAAUUGACACCGUGGUGCUGAGCCAUGUGCAUUGGGAUCAUGUGGGCACGCCGAGCGACUUCUCAAACGCUGAAUUCGUCGUCGGAAGCGGGACCAUGCAUCUUCUAGCCAACGGUGGAGGCCCCCUAUACCCUGCUGAAAUAUUCAACCCCGACGAACUACCUAAGCACAGAACAAAAGAAUUACCGCCCGCGCGAGAAGAAGACCACCCCAAGGCUUUCUCAAAACAAACCUCCCACACCUGGUCCCCGCUCGCCGGCUUCCCCGCCGCCAUCGACUUCUACGCCGACGGCAGUCUGUACGUCAUCGAUGCGCCCGGCCACCUUCCAGGACACGUCAACAUCCUCGCACGCACGGCGCCGGGGAAAUGGGUCUACCUCGGCGGCGACUGCUGCCACGACCCGCGCAUCCUGUCCGGCGAAAAGGGCAUUGCGAUGUACGAUGACGGCAGAGGCGGGUUGCGAAGCGUGCAUGCGGACACGGAUACAGCGGCGCAGACGGUGAAGAGGAUAGCGAGGCUGCUGAAGCAAGGGAGUGUGAGGGAGGAGGGGGAUGGGGAGGUCGAGGUCGAGGUGGUGGUGGCGCAUGAUGGGGUGUGGCGAGGGAGGAAUUCUGCGAGGUUUUGGCCGGGCGUGCUGUAGGUAGUAAAGGAUAGGGAUUGUGGGCUUGGCGCAGGGGAGCGGCGUACAGAUACGACAAGCUCGACGGUCACCUCAUCCUAUCAGAAAGAAGCUUUCCUCAUCUUCGCAAAAUUAAUCAUAUCUAGACUUGCUGAACUUGUUGUAAUGUACGCCGUUAUGCAAAUUCAAUGUUCUGCUUGCCUCUUAUCUUUUCUUCUGCUUAGCCG